UUUUAAUCGAUUCAAUAGUCGAUUUUAUUUUAUUUUUUUUAACACGAGGUUUAAAAGUAAAUGAAUAUAAUCGAUCUAACUGUAAUGCACGUUAUUUAUGUGAUUAAAGAACAUCAACAGGAGUAACAGAAAAGGAUAAAGUGUCCAAACACACAGACAAACUGGUGAAGCAGCAGAGAUCCACGUGACACACUAUUAUAAAGAUGGUGUUUAUUAAAGAGGAGAGUGAAGACAUGAAGAUUGAAGAAUCAUUCAGAGUCAAACAUGAAGAUACUGAGACACAAACAGACCUAAUGGCACAGAAAGAGGAGAAAGAAGUACUUAAUGAAAUUGAAGAGGAAGAUCAAUGUGGGAAUCUUCAAAAGACAGGAACUAGAAGUUAUUUUGCUAGUUUUCGUUUUAGAAAGAGUUUCAGUCAACAAGGAAACUUCCACAUGAGAAUUCACACUGGAAAAAACCCUUUCACCUGCCAACAGUGUGGAAAAAGUUUUACUCGUAAACUAGGUCUUAAAAGGCACAUGAGGAUUCACACUGGUGAACAGCCUUACACAUGCCCUCAGUGUGGAAAAAAUUUCGCUCGUAAAGGAAGCUUUACCAGGCAUGUGAGAAUUCACACUGGAGAAAAGCUUUACACAUGCCAAAAGGGUGGAGAGAGUUUUGCUCAACGUGAAAACCUAACUGUUCACAGGAGAGUUCACACUGGAGAGAAUUCUCACACAUGCCCUCAGUGUGGAAAAAGUUUCAGUCAACAUAGAAACCUUACAGUCCACAUGAGAAUUCAUACGGGAAAAAAGCCUUUCACCUGCCAACAGUGUGGAAAUAGUUACACUCAAGAAGGAACCCUUAAAAGGCACAUGAGAAUUCACACUGGGGAGAAGCCUUUUUCCUGCCAACCGUGUAGAAAAAGCUUCACACGUAAAAUAGGUCUUGAAAAGCACAAUAGAAUUCACACUGGAGAAAAGCCUUACACAUGCUCCCAGUGUGAAAAAAGUUUCAUUCGACAUAGAAACCUUACAGUCCACAUGAGAAUUCAUACUGGAAUAAAGCCUUUCACCUGCCAACAGUGUGGAAAUAGUUUUACUCUACAAGGAACCCUUAAAAGGCACAUGAGAAUUCACACUGGGGAGAAGCCUUUUUCCUGCCAGAUGUGUAGAAAAAGCUUCACACGUAAAAUAGGUCUUGAAAGGCACAUUAGAAUUCACACUGGAGAAAAGCCUUACCCAUGCCCUCAGUGUGGAAAAAGUUUCAUCCAACAUGGAAACCUGACAGUGCACAUGAGAAUACACAAUGGAGAGAAUCCCUUCACCUGCCAACAAUGUGGAAAAAGUUUCAAUCAUAAAGGAAACCUUAAAAGGCACAUGAGAACUCACACUAGGGGCUGGCAAUAAAACGAUAAUUAUCACAAUAUAAAUUUUCUUUAGAAAACGAAAAUUUGUGUUCAAUAUAAGGUUUAUGAGCCAAAAGCCGAACUAAAGCACAACUCAUUUGAGCCAGAUGGAAUGUUUAUCCGCUUGUGCUUGGUUCAAACAGCAGUUUACUUGCGGAAAGUUCUUGAUCAGCUACAACGAAAAUGAAGUGUUUGAACAAAUUGUUCAUUGAUUUAGUUUAAAAACUGCACUGACAUUUUCAUCGGGAGAGAAACAGUGCCAUUAACGAUCCAGUUAGAAGGCUUCCCCAUGGAUUUACUGUAGUCACAAUAACCGCACCAUUGUAUUGUGGCAGAAAUGUGGAAUAUAUGGAAUUGUAUUAUAUUAAUGUAAACAUAUUAAUGUAUUAAAGGGAAUCUAUUUUUCAAAGCUGUAUCAUGAGUCUUAAGUGUCCCCAGAAUGCAUCUGUGAAGUUUCCGCUCAAA